UUCAUUCGAAAUCUAUUACAUUACACGGGGGAAAAAUAAUGGACAAAUCAAUCGAAUGAUAAGGUAACCUAAACAUAUGGAUGAAUUAAUAUCGCAAUGAAUUUUCCUCAGCUCUUACCCAUACUAUUGAUACACACGUUUAUAUUCCGCCUGAAUACGAUUUACUCAAAUGCAAAAUCAGCUAAGGACACCUGGAGUGUGUUUUCAGACGAAAACGCCAUAGAGUUCAGCCACUUGGCAGUAGAUGAACAUGGAAAAUGGGUAUAUAUUGGCGCAGUGAACCGUAUUUAUCAAUUAUCAACUGAUCUCGAACUGCAAAUUAAUUACACUAUAUCGGAACUCAGCCCUUCAGAUUGCACUGCUGCCAACUGUUCAGGCAAAUUGAAACGAAAUGCAACGACGUUUAAUCGGAACGAAGUGCUGGUAUUGGACUAUCAGAAUCAGCAACUGAUAUCAUGUGGUACUUUUUUCUCUGGUAUCUGUCACGCUCACGAUAUGAAUAAUAUUUCGAAAAUCUGGACAACUAGAUUCGAACCUAUAGCAGAAAUCAACUCUUCUAUGCCGAUUGUAGCCUUCAUUGCUGCCAGUUCACCAAUGAAUUCAUCAACCUCAGUAUCGACACUGCAUGUUAGUUUCACUCCUGACUAUAAUCUAAACUCCAUACAAACGAUAACAAUCAAAAAUCCAGACCGAGCAAAUUUUUCAUCAGUUCUUAUACAAAAUAACGCCACCCAGUUUACGAAAAACCAGUGUCCAGCAAAACACAAUGAAUACAAUGAUAGAUUAAUUUCUGGUUUCAGUUCUGAAGAUAUUGGCUAUCUUAUCCUAGCUGUCACUGAUCCGUCACUAUGGUUCAGUGGGUAUCUAAUUGGGACAGAUACUCAUAAAAACAAAUCGUGUAAUACAGUUCCUAUAAGUUGUCCUCUUGAAAAUAAUGCACCUGUAGAGACAACCGCAUUUGCCUACAUCCAAAAGCGAAAAUCAGAUUCACAUGAAAUGGAAGAAAAAAUUAUGUUCACACUACAAAAGAGCAUCAAUUCGUCGAAAGGAUCUUUCUCAGUAUGUAGGCAUCGAAUGCGAGUGAAUGAAGAUGGAUGGCUGGAAGGAUACCCGAUAUUUAAGAUUCCAGAUAGUGAAAUAGUUGUGACAGCAAUGGUGGUUAUCUCAAUCAACAAUUACACAAUCUUGUUUCUAGGUACCAAGGAUGGUCGAUUACAGAAAAUAUCUAUAAGAGGAGUUGAUUCGCCCGAUUUGUACAUCGCGAAUAAAUAUGCAGACAUAACGAUAGAUGCAGGAAAUGAGAUACAUUCGGAAAUGCUGUUCGAUUCUACAAUGGACUUUUUAUACGUAAUGACCAAAAAGAAACUCGUCAAAGUCAAAAUACACAAUUGCGACAAAUAUAACACAUCAUACGCAUGUUGGGCGACAAAAGAUCCUCAUUGUGGAUGGUGUUUUCUAAGUAAUAAAUGUUGUUUGAAAUCAGAGUGUGAUGUUGAACAAAAUCCCACCGACUGGGUCUCGUUUGAUAUCGAUAAAUACAUAGACGCAUCUUCAAAUCCACCAAACAAAUUCUCAAGAACAGCGCAAUGGAAUGUAACUUUUAAAUUAACAACUUCGCAUCCGUUCAUCAGCCCUACAAUAACAUGUUUGUUCGAAAUUGGCGAUUUUCCUAAAGAACAAGAAGCCAUUCGCGAUAAAAAUACUAUCAACUGCGCAAAACCAAAUCCUAACAGUUUCCCUUCAACACCUAUUGGUAAUCAUUUCAUAGGAGGUGAGCUAUCAGUCCGGAUGAGCCGUUUUCUAGUAUUUCAAAAAAUUCAACUCAUAUUUUAUGAUUGUAGUACAUAUAAAUCCUGUUCAUCAUGCAUAACUUCUCCUUAUCCAUGCCAGUGGUAUGUGAAUGAAUCAAGAUGCACAGAUGAUGUGAUUUGGAAAAAGGAUGAUAUGGUAAUAGGUAUGAGUCUUGGCAAUACCAUUUCCUCUCUACAAAAUAGUACAACAUCAUAUGAUGGAUUUAAAUACUCAAAAAACGCCACGUUUUGCCCACAGUUUUACACCAAUCAUAAAACAGAUAUUUACAUACCUGCCCAUAUAGAAAAGACUCAACAAAUACAAGUACAUUACAAGAUACCAAUAGCUUUGAAUGAUGAAACAUUUACAUGCAAAUUUGUAUUAGACUCUAAGAAUGAGAAGAUACAAUUUAGUCACAACAUAGAAAGCAGUUAUACAGAAAAUGUUUUGAAAGAAGGAGAACUCACAUGCAAUGAGGAGAUAUUUGCAUACACUGAACCGAAACCUUCCAUAAAAGUCGAGUUGUCUGUUUUAUGGAAGAGAUCAAUACCACUUGACAACACAUACAAUACACAUAUUAUCGUGUAUAAUUGCACCUACAUGGGCGAUCAAUGCGCAUCAUGUCUUAAUCAGAACUACUCGUGUAUGUGGAAUUUAGAGACUGGAGAAUGUAAAUACUACAGCCUAGAUGAAAAAUCCAACAUUGCUGAUCCCUGGUUGCAUGAUACGCAGGACUGUUCGAAUUCAACAAUAUAUAAAAAAAUCUUGCGAAAAAACCAAUCAACAAAUUGGUUUACAGAAAACAUCUAUUCAAUAAUAACGAUAAUUGUGGUGAUAACAUUUACUGUAGUCACGGUAUCUGUCAUUUGUUCGAGAAAAUCUGCAGCGAGAUUGCAAAAAAUGCAACGACAAAUUAACAAAAUGGGUAUGGAAAUGAUAUCUAUGUCACAAGUGGUAAAACGCGCGGUGAUUGAAAACCAAAUCCAGCUGGAUGAAAAUGAAUCAAACACAUUGAGAUUAUCAAACGUCAAUAUUGAAAAUGACACUGAAUCAAACGCCGAGUACGAAUUAGUGCCGAAUGAAAAAUGGGAAAUUCCUCGAGGAGACUUACUUCUAGGGGAAAUUUUAGGAGAAGGAGAGUUUAGAAGAGUAGUCAAGGGAAAUGUGUCAGGUCUCUUACAGCAAGAUGUCGUCAUAACAGUAGCAGUUAAAAUGCUGAAAAAUACCCACACUGACGAAGAUAUGAUAAAUUUAGUCUGCGAAAUGGAACUAAUGAAACUCAUCGGCAGACACGACAAUGUACUCGCUCUACUUGGAUGCUGUACACAAGAUGGACCAUUGUUCAUCAUCACCGAAUACUCUUCACAUGGCAAUUUACUCGAUUUCCUACGAAACCACAACCCUCACUCAUCCACAGCUCAGGAAACGACAUUAGUCGACUUGUCCGAAACUGUUAUAAUCUCGUUUGCUCAACAAGUAGCAAAAGGCAUGGAAUACCUGGCUUCUCUACAAAUCAUCCACCGAGACCUCGCUGCUCGAAAUGUGCUGGUAUUUGAUAAUUACACCUUGAAAAUAGGUAACUUUGGAUCAGCCAGAGAUAUUCGACAUGAUUACUACUUCGAGCAAAAAACCAAUGGCAGAUUUCCAGUCAAAUGGAUGGCCCCAGAAGCAUUGAUACAUUUUCGUUAUACAAUUCAAUCUGAUGUUUGGUCCUUUGGCGUAUUACUUUGGGAGAUUAUGACGUUUGGCGCUGUUCCCUAUUCAGAAUUCGAUGAUGUAAAAAAAUUGGUGCAAGCCAUUCAGUCGGGGUAUCGCAUGAAGAAACCGGACACCUGCCCAGAAAUGUUGUACUGUCUAAUGCGUAAAUGCUGGAAGUAUCUGCCAAAGGAUCGACCAGACUUUACAACAACCAUUCAAGAUUUAGAUACCAUACUAGCCACAGAUAACGUACAGAUAGGAAUGGAACAAUCUGAUGCUCAUUGCUCAAACACCAAUACAGAAACCAAUCACGAGGAAAGUGAAACGGAUAGCUUAUUACAGAAAAGUUCAAUUAUGAAAAAAUGAACUUUCUAGGAAAAUUGGUUUAGAGUUCUGCGUGCCUUUUUUUUUUUAAGUACUUUAUCCACAAGAAACUUGAAAAUGCAGAAAACUGAAAAUUCUACAAAAAUAAAAUUGCACAGAGCUAAAAUUGUAGAACUUGGAAAUUUCCUAAUUUCGGUCAGAAUUUUAUUUUGAAAAUUAUCUAUGUUACAAAAUCUACACAAAGGAUCUUUCCAAGCUAUAGAGUUUUUCACAAUUUUGUGGUGUUCCAUUUUGUCAUGAUUUAGGUACUUAAGUAUUCGAAAAUAUGAACUGGUUAUCUCAAAAUAUAAUUUAAUAUUAUACAUAUGUACUUACAUCUACAUACAUCAGACAAUCGAACAACCCAAUCCUAAUGACUCAAACCUUACAACAGAAUCCGAUGACACAGAAAAUGAAGCCGACGAUCAAUUGGAAAACUGUCUUAAAUGAUUCUAUUUUUAUGUUAUUAUUAGAUAUUUAUUAUUUAUUAAGUGUAAUACAUGUAAUUGAAGCACCCACUCGUGUAAAGUUUCGCCUCUUUUUAAGUAGGUACCUACGCGGAGUUAUUGAUUCUGGUAAAUAGAAUAGGAAAUAACUUUUUUUGCAACAUGCAGGAGAGUGUUCUAUGGCUCUAACUCAGCCGGAGGUAGAUACUAAAUUAAUAAUACCUGAUUCAAAUUUUUAGUGCUUAGAAGUUAAUUUGGGUAAUUGAACCUUAUAAUUUUUUCAAAUUUUUAUUAUGAAUAGUGCGUUGUAAGUAUGUACAUAAUUUCAAAGUAAGAAUAAGUAAGUAAUAAAUAUUUCAUCAUAUUUUCA